AUGAUCUAUGACAUGCGGGCAAAUAGCACAAACAAGAACACAAGCCCUCCUUUACUUAAACUCACCUAUACAGAAUACAUUAGCCUUCCAGUUACCAAAAGAACAAAGAAAGUAACCAAAGGAAAUACUGAGGGAAAAUCUCGAAUGAAAAGAGACAAUGCUUUUGUGGUUUUUCAAAAAUAUUUACACUAUCAUUUUUUAGAAUCCCAAGGAUACAAUUUACCUUUAAAAGAAGAAUCAGUUUUUGCUACAGCUUUUUGGAAAUACUUAAAUCCUGUCAAAAAAAAGUCAGCAACCAAAACAACAAGUCAAAGUUUUAAUGCUUUAAGCAAUUCUGCUGACCUGGAUCUUAUUAAGAAAGUUAUUAGUUUAGUAGAUAAAAAACCUUGUCAGCCCUCAAAUAAAUUCUCCAGCUCUGUUCCUUCGGCUACUACCAUACCUUGUGAAGAACACAAUUUGUCUUACAUCGUUAAUGAUGCUAACAGCAGAUGUCCUAAACAUAGUAUUUAUAAUCUGCUUUGCAAAAAAUGCAAACCUUCAGAAACUAAGUAUGAUGAUAAAUGGUUUGAAUGA